AGGAGAUCCAAAAGGGAGUAGGGCCGUGCCGAAAUUGAGCUAGCGCGACUAAUCGCGCGAAGAAGGCCUAGGGCGGGCCUGUCUUCCGCAUGCGUCUUCCGUGUCCGCCUAGCCCCACCUAUCUCGCGGGGGUCUGCUUGAUUCUGCGUCUGCGCCCGGCUCCCGGCGAGUUCAGGGGCUAAGCGAACCUGCCCGGCCUCGCCGGGCCGCGCAAAGAGGGAGGAGCGGGCAUGAUCAGGCGCGCUCGCGUCUGGAGGGACGCUAGGCGAGCAGCCGAGUCGGACGGAUCGGGAGCAGAUCCGGGGCAGAGGGAGGAGAGCACCGGGUUAGGGGCCGCCGCCGCCGGGAAGUCCGCCAGCCCGCCCUUCAGCCUGCCAGCCCGCGUUUUGCGGGCUCUGCUGGUCAGGAUCAGAUCAACCAUUGUCUGGCUUGCCUUCUGAAGUAGUCAGCUGAGGUGAUUUCUCAGGUUUCUUCAGGAUGCCUGCAGCGCUUGUGGAGAACAGCCAGGUUAUCUGUGAAGUCUGGGCCAGCAAUCUAGAAGAAGAGAUGAGGAAGAUCCGAGAAAUUGUGCUCAGUUAUAGUUAUAUUGCUAUGGACACAGAAUUUCCAGGUGUUGUGGUGCGACCCAUUGGUGAAUUUCGUAGUUCCAUAGAUUACCAGUAUCAGCUUCUGCGGUGCAAUGUUGAUCUUUUAAAAAUUAUCCAACUUGGCCUUACAUUCACGAAUGAGAAGGGAGAAUAUCCUUCUGGAAUCAACACUUGGCAGUUCAACUUCAAAUUCAAUCUCACAGAGGACAUGUACUCCCAGGAUUCCAUAGAUCUCCUUGCUAACUCAGGACUGCAGUUCCAGAAACAUGAAGAGGAAGGGAUUGACACACUGCACUUUGCAGAGCUACUUAUGACAUCAGGGGUGGUUCUCUGUGACAAUGUCAAAUGGCUUUCAUUUCACAGUGGCUAUGAUUUUGGCUACAUGGUAAAGUUACUUACGGAUUCUCGUUUGCCCGAAGAGGAACAUGAAUUCUUUCAUAUUCUGAACCUUUUCUUCCCAUCGAUUUAUGAUGUGAAAUACCUGAUGAAGAGCUGCAAAAAUCUUAAGGGAGGUCUUCAGGAAGUUGCCGAUCAGUUGGAUUUGCAGAGAAUUGGAAGGCAGCACCAGGCAGGCUCAGACUCACUGCUGACGGGAAUGGCAUUCUUUAGGAUGAAAGAGUUGUUUUUUGAGGACAGUAUUGAUGAUGCCAAAUACUGUGGGCGGCUCUAUGGGCUAGGCACGGGAGUGGCCCAGAAGCAGAAUGAGGAUGUGGACUCUGCCCAGGAGAAGAUGAGCAUCUUGGCGAUCAUCAACAACAUGCAGCAGUGAUGGCGGCGAAACCCUGCCGGGUGGGCCCUGACCCAGAGUGGUGCUUACUGUGCUGUCUGUGUGGACUUUUCUUCCCUGAGAGAAAAUGCUUUUUGGAGCAAACUGUACCUACCAUCUGCGUGGAGCGGAAAGACUUCUGUUUUACUGAAGACAAAGAUGUCUUUAUUUUAGAUCCAGAAGAGGGGAGUUUGCUCUGAAUUUGUAAACAAGUCUUCCCUGUACCUUAUCCCCAAGCCUCUCCUCUCCAGUUGUGUCCUGCCACCAGCAUCCAUGACUCAUUUGACACCUUUUUAAAUAUCCAGGACCAGUCAGAAACAAACUAGUAAAAUGUAUAUAACUCUUACCUGUUGUCAUUCUUUUUCUUUUAAAAUUGUUGCUAAUCUCUGAGAAUGAAGACUUGCUAUUAUUCUCAGCUGAGCUGAGGGCGUCCAGGGAAAAUGGAACAAAAUGGUGUUCUUUGAAGUGGGUUAUAGGUGUUGAGUCUUUUCCUUUCCUUCUUCCCCUCCCCUCUUUUUUUGACCUUUCUCAAGGACAUUUGCUUUCCUCACACUUUGGUAGUCUUUAUGUAUUAUUAUAUGGAAAUGAAUUACUCAGUGCUGAAAUUUGAAGACCAGAUAAUGAAAACUUUUCUUAAAAGCAAACACUUCUACUGAAUCCAUCUACCCCAUCAUGAGAAACUCCAGAAUGGGUAUUAAGUUGACCACUUAAAGUCUGUGUUCCAUUGUGCCCCUGAGAUCUGCUGUCACAUGUGCAUUAUCUGAAAUCAUUCUAAGUUUUCAUAUAAUAAAGUAUCCUGGAUUUGAGCCUGAAGGAAAUUAAUAAGAUCAGAUUUUUGUAUCAUAAAUUGGCUAUAUUUUCAGUAAUGUGAUUUGAGAUGGUCAUCUGUAUUCUCUCACCUCUGUUCGUUUUCCCUGAUUUUCUUCAGCAAACCUGAGGAGAAGUUGGGGAGAUGGUUUAAUGUGAGUACCAGAAAUGUGUGUCUUUAAAAAAUUGUAGUGAUUACAUGUAAACAGGGCAGUAAAGGAAUUUGAUUUUUGUCUAUAGAGUUCUCUUGGAGUAAUAUCCCACAUCUGGGGUAGGAUUCUCAGGACUUUUUUUUUUUUAAUUUAGUCAUUUAAAAAAUAUACACUGUAUAUUUUUUAAAUGACAGUAUGGACAGUUUCUAAAAACCAAAAACCCCUUUGGAAUGGUGGAAAUGAAAACUGGUAACUCAUUGAAGUGGGUGAAUAGCCUUGCAUUUUAAAAGUUUAUGGAAAAUUCAAUCUGAAAUGAUUCAAAAAUGUCAAGUAUUAUAAGCUGAUAUUUAAGAUGCUUGUAAAUAUUAUUUAUGUUUUUAAUUUUGUAAAAUAAAGAUUUUUUUUAACCACUGA